AUCAAACAACCGUAGAUCAAGGAGCUUCUCUAGAUCAAGACUCGCUGUUGAAGGCCAUUGAAUCUCACCCCACAUUACAUUUCUCCGACGACCUAACAACCUAAACUAACUAAUCGAUGGCGACACCUUACAAGGCAGAGAGAGACAUCCAAAAGAGUUAUUGGAUGGAGCACUCAAGUGAUUUGACUGUUGAGGCUAUGAUGCUUGACUCCAAAGCUUCUGAUCUUGACAAAGAAGAACGUCCUGAGGUACUCUCUUUAAUCCCACCAUAUGAAGGGAAAAAGGUGCUGGAACUUGGAGCUGGCAUCGGUCGUUUCACUGGUGAACUGGCUCAAAAGGCUGGUGAAGUCAUCGCCCUGGACUUCAUCGAAAGCGCCAUUAAGAAGAAUGAAAGUGUGAAUGGGCAUUACAAGAACGUCAAGUUUAUGUGCGCUGAUGUGACAUCUCCAGACCUGAAAAUCGAAGAUGGAUCCGUCGACUUGAUUUUCUCAAAUUGGUUGCUCAUGUAUCUCUCUGAUAAAGAGGUGGAACUUCUGGCAGAAAGAAUGCUAGGAUGGGUAAAGCCAGGAGGAUACAUUUUCUUCAGAGAAUCUUGCUUCCAUCAAUCUGGAGACAGCAAGCGUAAAUCUAACCCCACCCACUACCGUGAACCAAGAUUCUAUACAAAGGUUUUCCAGGAGUGCCAGGCACGUGAUGCUUCUGGAAAAUCAUUUGAGCUCACUAUGGUUGGUUGCAAAUGCAUUGGAGCGUAUGUGAAGAACAAGAAGAAUCAAAAUCAGAUAUGCUGGAUUUGGCAAAAAGUGAGCGUGGAGAAUGACAAGGACUUCCAGCGUUUCUUGGACAAUGUUCAGUACAAGUCCAACGGGAUCUUGCGCUACGAGCGUGUCUUUGGGCAAGGUUAUGUCAGCACUGGUGGUUUUGAGACAACUAAAGAGUUUGUGGCGAAGAUGGAGCUGAAACCAGGACAGAAAGUCCUAGAUGUUGGUUGUGGUAUCGGUGGAGGUGACUUCUACAUGGCUGAGACUUUCGAUGUUCAUGUUGUUGGUAUUGAUCUAUCAGUCAACAUGAUCUCUUUCGCGCUGGAGCGUGCUAUUGGACUCAACUGCUCAGUCGAGUUUGAAGUCGCUGAUUGCACCACGAAGACAUAUCCUGAUAACUCUUUCGACGUCAUUUACAGCCGUGACACUAUUCUGCACAUCCAAGACAAGCCGGCUCUGUUUAAGUCAUUCUUCAAGUGGCUUAAACCAGGUGGAAGAGUUCUCAUCACAGACUAUUGCAAGAGUGCUGAAACUCCAUCUCCUACAUUCGCAGAGUACAUCAAACAAAGAGGAUAUGAUCUCCAUGAUGUUCAAGCUUAUGGACAGAUGCUGAAAGACGCAGGCUUUGAGGAUGUGAUCGCAGAGGACCGUACUGAUCAGUUUGUACAAGUCUUGAGGCGUGAGUUAGAGAAAGUGGAGAAAGAAAAGGAAGAAUUCAUCAGCGACUUCUCAGAAGAAGAUUACAAUGACAUUGUAGGAGGAUGGAAAGCAAAGCUUGAAAGGUCUGACGAGCAGAAAUGGGGAUUGUUCAUCGCCAACAAGAAGUAGAAAAGUCCCCAAAAAGAUAAAAACUUAUUUUCCCUUCAAUAAAAAAGUGUUCCUUGGCUUGGAGGACAAACACUUGCUUGUUUUUACUAUCAUGGAACCGUAAAUUGUAACAAAAAAACUCAUGUGUUGUUUAUGUUUUUUAAUCUACUUGCAUUGAAUC